AUGUCGCCGCGUACCAGCACCAGGCUCGCGGCGAAAGCGCUGCAAACAGCCAAGGCGACACCGGCCCCAGCAAUCCCAGCAGCCCGAACAACUCGAACAGUCCCAGCAGUCCCAGCAGUGUUAGCAACCCCAGCAACCCCAGCAUCCCCAACAACACCACCAAUCCGGCUCUUCGAGCACGUGGCUGCUUGGGAAACGUGGCUCGAGGCGAACCACACCGACCCGACGGGCUUGUGGUUGAAGAUCAGCAAAAAGGGCAGCGCCAUCGCAUCUAUCACCUACGACGAGGCCCUCGACACGGCACUGUGUUUCGGGUGGAUCGACGGGCAGAAAAAGAGCCACGACGUGGACCACUUCCUGCAGCGGUUCACGCCGCGUCGCAAGCGAAGCAUGUGGUCGCAGCGGAACUGCGCCAAGGUCGCCGUGCUCGUUGAGACAGGGCGCAUGCGGCCGGCGGGCCAGACAGAGAUCGACGCCGCGAAGGCGGAUGGGCGGUGGGAAAAGGCCUACUCUUCGUCCAGCCUGAUGGAAGUUCCCGACGAUUUCCAGGCGGCGCUCGGUCGAAACAAGAAGGCCAAGACAUUCUUUGAGGGCCUGGGAAAGACCAAGCGCUACGCGUUUUUGUGGCGCAUCGCGACCGUGAAACGGGAAGAGACGCGUAAAAAGAAGAUUGAGCAGUUUGUGGGGUUGUUGUCGGAGGGGAAGACGCUAUGGAGAUACCGAGCAUCAUGCUGCUUCGAACCUAAAUCCGAUCCAGCCUCGCGACUACCUCUUGAAGACUUAUUGAGCCCCACCAUUUCCGUGUUCGGCCACCCUCGUCGUAUCGAGAAGCGCGAGGACGGUGGCGUAUACUUGUUAGCACCCUGCCGAGGGAGCGUGGUGCCUCGCCUGCGCUCCCGGCCGAUGCUGGGUACCAUUCCCGCCGCCUCUUCUCCUCGACCCAAACAUCACACCCGAUUCUCAUGGUUCUGGCUGCUGGUUGCCCAAUCGACAAGCUCGCCAGCCAGAAGGCUGGGCGCAUUACAUAAUGCGGCGCGGCUCUUCCUCUCGCGACCCGCCUGCCCUGUCUGUGGUCCUGAGGACCUGAGGAAGAGGCCUCGCCGCUUCGCCGGUAUCGUGACUUUUCCUCCCCGGCAAUCUCCUACCAUGGGGACACCGCAACUGCAGCACACAUUUGUCGCUGAGACUGGGCAGCCGCCCCAGCGACGCCGCAAGGCGCGGUUGGCUUGCAACCCCUGCCGGGCGCGCAAGACAGGAUGCGACGGAAGAAGGCCAGUGUGCACCGCUUGCUCGCUCCGAGGCUGGGACGACAAAUGCGGUUAUCCGGACAGUGUCAUGCAGCCAUCAGCAGCACUGCAGAGCAGAUCGCUGCUGGCUCAUUUCCGGCGCUGCAAUACGCGUGGCGGUUGGGCUGGGCUUACACACCACGCCCAAGAGGCAGCUCAACCAGCUGGAACGAGAGAUGCGCCGACGCGUGUGGUUCGGCGGUUGUAUUUGCCUAGAUCAGUACGGAGCCCGAUCCGAGUCCUCCCUGCGCGCAGCCUAGUAACCAACGUGACAGGAUCCUCUCCGCCAUAUUUGCUCGACCCCGGGUUCAUCGUCCCAGGCCUUACCGACACACCUCUUCCCCUCGCCAUCGACGAGGAAUAUCUAUCGACCACCGAGGAAGGACGUCAGCCCGACGGCGUGCCCUCGCGUAUGGACAUGAUUCUCUAUACGGUAAAACUCCUGAAAGUCGUCGAAGAGAUGCGAGCGAGCGCGCGGGCACCGCGCAUCAAACUCAGACCGGGGAGUCAAGACAUCACACUGCCAGAUCCCACCGCUCUGCUCAGCAUCAAUACCAAAGUCGACGACCUCCUCAACGAACUGCCCGAACAUUUACGUGUAGGUGCUGACUACUCCAACUUUCCCCUCAACCGGGAGGAAGUAAAAUUCUUUCAAACACAAAGCCACGCCAUUCGUUUCCGGCUGUCGCUCUUCCGGGUCUUCCUCCUCCGCCCGUCCCUUCUCGCCGAGGCGCAACGGUGGGCCUCGCGGGAUUCCGCCCCGGUACAAACGGCAUCAUUGGUAUUUCAGGAGCGACUCCAUUAUGAAAUAUGCAACCAGUGCUUGAAUACGGUGCACGAAAUGCUGGAAGAGAUACACACAAGUCUCGCCACAAGCGGAGGUAUUUCGGCGUGGUACGCGCUGCAUUGUAUGAAAGUAUUCCCUUGGUGCCCGGCCGCGAUGCUAACACCCCGCAUCAGUUACCUUUGCGUCAGCCACCAUUCUUCUCGUGGCUACUCUUUCACCACAUCUCGGCGUCCAUAUCGCCUCCGCCGCGCGAGGCAUCGGAGUGCUCCUCCGGUAUCGCCAGGCUAUCGCCAUGCGCACCGACUUGUCAAUGGCAGCCACACCACUUCCAGCAACCACACGCACACUCGCAGCCGUGGGAUCAAACAAACACGAUCCCUCCUCCGAACAUGGGGACAUGGAUGA